AUCGGGACUUAGUGCAAAUUUGGAGCUGGUGGCUAGAGUGGGUUCUGAGGUUCCGGCUUGACCGCGGCUUCGUUGCUGAAUCCGAUGAGCCCUACUCCAACGGACAUGCUGCAUGGAACAUGCUGUGCGGCGAUCUAUUUCGCCGAUUCCGGUCCUGUCACGCUAAAGCAUCCGGCAGCCCACUUUGCGUCCGGAACGACAGCCCCUAAGGUCGCGAAUACCGCCACCAGCGAAGAUAGGGAAAAGGGCACCCGGCACCAAGUACGCCCAGUAAGAUCUCUACAAUUUUUUUUUUUUAGCAACAGCAUCGUCCAGAAGUACUGUCCCAUCGACCUGAACAUGAACGUGCGCAUCUUUUGGCGGCCAACCGUCGAAAACAUUCUCAAGUAUCGCAUCGUGGUUGUAUCGCUGAACAUUUCGAUGGAGCUGGCCUGGCUCGAUCUGCCCAAGGGACACUUUACACACAUCUUCCUGGACUAAGCGGUCCAGGCCAUGGAGUGCGAGGCGAUCAUGUCGUUGGUGCUGGCGACGCAGAAGAUACGCAUCGUGCUGGCCAGUGACCACAUGUAAAUGUCCCGGAGGCGAAAGAAUCCGCCAGCAGAUUCGUCCCCAGACAGCACAGCACCUGACGGCCAGCGGCCGACCGUUGAUUCCACCGCCGAUGAGGAGUCCGGUCCAGCAGCAGCAGCAACAGUGACAACAACAGCAGCUGUCUGCGCCGCAAAUGCCUUGUCUCCAGCAGCCGAAGCCCCUUCCGAACUACGACCCAUUCCCAGCCCCAAUAUCCACGCCAUCAGCAACACCAGAACCACAUUCGCCCGGUGAUGGGCGGCGGCGGUGGCGGAGGCGGUCCCAUCAGCCCAAGUUCGUAUCGUUCGGACUGUCUAUCGACUUGAUGGCAUCGAUUACGGCCUUGCCGCUUCGCAAAUGCAAAUGCCCCCUCAGCAGCAACAGCAGCAGCAGAGUUGUAGCGGCGUUGAUGACGGACGGCAGCAGCACGGUGGGCUCUUCGACAAGCCAGGUCAGGCCGCAGCAUGUGCACCAUUCCAACCCGGCCGAGUUCCAGUAUCAGUGGUUCAUCAAGCUCGGAUAUUUUGCGCCACACCCGCAUCAACGGCAGCAGCCGCAACUAUCGUGUAACGAGAGGCGUCGCCCUGACCGGUGUCCGCGAGGACUUUAGCAGUGGAGAAGAAGGUCGUGCGAGAUGUUCCCGCUGAACAAGCUGGCGGCGUUUCCGCCGGAGGAGAUCCGGAACAUGCUGUGCGGCGAGCAGAACCCCGAGUGGACCCGGGAGAACAUUAUGGCCUACACGAUAUAGAAGCAAUGGCCUCGAAGCACUCCACUUUAUUGUAUUUAUUAUCAUAUUGUGAAAGCAGUCUUUUUCAUUAAUAUUGUACAGAAUUUCAAUAAAUAAACACGUUCAAUCUAAUACUUUAAUUUAAUUUUAAU